CCACUUAAAUGUCCCCAGCGGGAAUGAUUCUAGCAAGAAGAGAAACCUACGGAAGAUCAAGUGGAUGCUUGCCAUAAUCAUCUUUCCCGAGUUCAAUGGUCGCGUUGGCCCUCAUAGCCAUUGCAACUUAUGCCGUGAACUGGUGGAAGGCCAAAAAUACUGAUCGUCCGACUGUCAUUUCGGGGGUAUUCAGCCAGCAUGCGGAGGAUACGGUCAUCAUCAGCAGAGCAUCAUUUCUGCCUUUUAUAAGCCUGCUGUACCCGCGACCCUCAGCAAGAGGCGCCCGCAUCUCCAAUGAGAACAUUAAACUUGAAAUCCACUAUAACAUGCCCGUCAUGACGCGCACCUUGACAGUCGUCUCGACGCUUUUCGGUAGAUUUCAUUGUAUGGCAUGGAACUGCGAUUUCCCAACACAGACGGAGCUGAUCCUGUGGCACGUUGUCACCGUCAUUACCGCGGUGUUUUUUUGCCCACCCUUGGGGUUCUCCUCUUCUUAUCUUAUGUGCGUAGGCCGUCAAGAGUUAGCGAUCAAGUUAGCGCGGCUUUCACUGCCUUUGCUGCCCUACUGUAUACUGUUGCACGGCUGAUAUUGUUGAUACUCGUGUUCAUGUCUCUGCGGUCUGUCCCGGCGGGGGUCUAUACAAGCACACGCUGGACACGGUUUCUGCCUACACUCGCGUGAAUGGACGACUUGUGAAUCAUUCUUUGCUCUCUGUCUUGUGCAUGUCCCAGUACAUUAGCUCCGAGGAAGACUAUGUUCGAUAAUUAAGG